UGAAGAGUUGCUGAGGCAGAACUGAAAUCAUGGCUCGCCUCAAAGCAGCAGCCGUAUUGGCCGCUAACGAUGCCUCGCACAGAGAGACGGCGCCCCUUUAACUCAGGGUUUUAAUGGGAAGUUUCCAAGCCUGAAACAACAGCUUUAGAGCCAGGGUGUGCCAUCAGCUGCUCACGGCCACCACUAUCUACUGCUUUAACACAGCCCGGUCGGGAAGAAUGGAAACUGAAGAGGCUCCUAACUACCUGUAACUGUUCCACCGGGAAAUGGAUCAAGUGAUUCUUCAGCCAGAUCCAGAUGAUAGUUCCUGAGCACAUGCAAAUGGACCUGGCAAAGGGAAGACACAGAUGCACUGCGUGAUGGGGGAAGCCAGUGAGGACUAAAAUACUGCCAGGACUCCGGCUCUCCAGGGUGCAGUCACCAUGUUCUCACCAGACUGAUGAUGGAAGAAGAGGGAACCUUCAUGCCCUGUGCUCUGCCAUCCCUGGAUGAUGGAUGGAGGACAGCCCAUCCCCUCGCCCCUCAUGCCCCUUGGGAACGUGUCCUCAGAUUCUAGCAUGUCUCUGGAGCAGAAAACAACAUUUGUAUUUGUGGUUUUGUUGUUUAUUUUCUUGGGCAUCCUCAUCGUCAGGUGUUUCCGGAUUCUUCUGGACCCGUAUCGAAGCAUGCCGACCUCGACCUGGGCGGAUGGGCUCGAAGGCCUGGAGAAAGGCCAGUUCGACCAUGCCCUGGCUUAAUGGGACACGCGGGAUCUCUUCCUGAGGUGGGGAAGCGGUCCAUGACUGGGCAAGGAUUCUUUUUAGUUAAUAUUCUCAACAAAUCAAAUUUUAACAAUAUCUGGCCUAGGAUCACAAGCUGUUAUUCCAUUAAACACAGAGCUGAAUUAAAGAUGUUUUAUUUGAGAACACUGGAAAUGAAAGUUUAUAUUACUAACCCUAAAAAUAGGAAGGUUGAAAUGUCUGGGUUUAGUCACUGAAUGAACACUGCUGAACGAGUGACUGAAAUCGAGAGCAUCAGGACUGCCAUAGACUUUGCUGCAAAACCAAGCAUUGCCUGGCGCAACCAGAGAAGUAAAGGCUAGAAAGCAUCUGUUCUGAAUCUGAUGACGAGACCAAGAAGAGCCUGCCCUGCUCAGCAGUGCUUUAUUGCAGAGGCAUAGGGGUCCUGAGCCCAGUAAGAGAGGCUGUUCUGGGACUCAUAAAGGACUUAUUUUCCCCUCAAAUGGGGAGCACUGGGAAGCAAUGGGAGGCUUAACUGUGGGAGGUUCUGUCCUUGAUAAAUAUGAGUAAGAAUAAUAUCAUUUUAGUUUUCAAACGAAACUGAAUUAGAAGUCUCCAGAGUUUUCAAAACUGCUUAUCAGGCCUAGUGUAUUCGUUGUGCUCAUAGUAAUAACAUGUGUAGAGGUAACUCCAUGUAACCUGAAUUUCUUUACAUUAAUGAUUAACAUAGGUCACAGGUACAGCUUCAAGCUGUUUUCUCUUUAAGUAAGAAGCCAACUGUUUAGAGAAGACUUUCACAGUUGUAAGAGGGGUGCACAUCUAUG